CGUGAGGGCCGGCGGCUUUCGGCCGGGUCGGAGGUUGUCCGUGGUGUCUGUGCUCCUGGGUGCCGCCGUUCCAGACUCCGCAGUGCAGCCAUGGCAGAACCACAGCCCGCGUCCUGUGGCCUGACUGACGAGGCCGCCCUCAGUUGCUGCUCCGACGCGGACCCCAGCACCAAGGAUUUUCUAUUACAGCAGACCAUGCUACGAAUUAAGGAUCCUAAGAAGUCACUAGAUUUUUAUACUAGAGUUCUUGGAAUGACGCUACUCCAGAAAUUUGAUUUUCCUUCUAUGAAAUUUUCACUCUAUUUCUUGGCUUAUGAGGACAAAAAUGAUAUCCCCAAAGAGAGAAAUGAAAGAAUAGCAUGGACAUUCUCCAGAAAAGCUACACUUGAGUUGACACACAAUUGGGGCACAGAAGAUGAUGAGACCCAGAGUUACCACAAUGGCAAUUCAGACCCUCGGGGAUUUGGUCACAUUGGAAUUGCUGUUCCUGAUGUUGAUGGUGCUUGUAAAAGAUUUGAAGAACUAGGAGUCAAAUUUGUCAAGAAACCUAAUGAUGGUAAAAUGAAAGGUCUGGCAUUUAUUCAAGAUCCCGAUGGCUACUGGAUUGAAAUUUUCAAUCCUAACAGUGUAGUAGCUCUUGUGUAGUUGUGUGAAAACACGUCUGUGAGGUGCACCGAAGACCGAAAGAGAAAGGAAACAGUAUAAGUGGAGAUACUCAGAUACCUGGAGCAUCUAGAAUCAAUGAAUGGAUGGAUUGUGUCCUAAUUCAAAUUAUUUUUAAGUAAUUUCCCUUUCCUCCUGUUUCCACAGUCCCCCACCUUCCAUAACUGUAUAGUUAUUCUAGUUUUAAAGUAGUACUUUACCAAUGACCUUGAAUGUAGUUGUAUAACUUUACUUUUUAGGUAAUAAUUAGAACAAGUCCCUUCAGGGGCUGCAUUUGCUACUUUCUGUCUCCCAAAUUGCCUCUCUUCAAGUCGGCCUUUGAAUCUCUUUCUUUU